ACUUUAGGUUAAUUAAUCAAUGCAAAAAACAACUUGCACAACAUAUAAGGAAGAAACAGCCCGGAUGUUAUAUUUUAGACGAGGAUGCACCUCAUCCCACUAAGACGCACUUCGCUCACAAGCAUACCGCCUUUUGUACUGAAAUAUUAACUAGAAACGACAUCGCUCCGGAAAAGCCUAAACUUUAUGUUUUUGACUCAUCAACGAGAGCUUCCCGCGCAAGCACACAACUCGCUCACCACAAGCACACAAGACCUGCGAAGAUAUUCGGUCAUCGAGCUAUUUCUUCCUACUUAAUACAUCAUCUUUAG